AUGGAAGGAGAAAAGGAAGGCAAAAUCUCGGGCACUAUCUUUAUGGUCAAGGUUGAAGAUGAACCAUUCCCGAGAGACCCCGACGAGAAGGAUCCUUUCCCUACGACCUGCGAGGAGGACAACAAGUUUUGCCUUGCACGCGAAUCGUCCCUGCAGGAGCAGUUGACCUCCCAUCGGGAAGAAGUGACUGCAUUCCAUGAGGACAAGGAGUCUGGUCUUGCACGCGAGGCUUUCUUAAACGAGCAAUUGACUACGCACCGGGAAGAAUUGGCUACAUGCCAUAAACAUUCUGCUGGCUGUGCUGCCGACUCUACCCUGGCUAAGGAGCUCAUUGCAUCCAGCUGCCCUGGUCAGCAUGGCAAGUAUGGAAUUAUUGGUGGAAAGCAGUAUAAGUUCUGGUGCCAUCGAUACCAUAACUUACGUGAUCCUAAGGAAACACAUAACAGUAUUAACACAAUGUUAGAUUGCAUUAAGCUCUGCAAUUAA